AAAUUUUGUAGCAAUGUGACAAAUGAAAGCCACUAUAAAGAUCGAUCACAUCUUCCUUCCUUUCUCAUGAAUAUAACACAAACCUGUUUUGAACCAUGAGACAAGUUAACAUUCUUCUUCUUCUUGUGUUUCUCACUGCAGAAACUAUUGAGUACACCUCCUGCAUUGAAAACUCAAAUGGGUCUUGUUUUGAAAAUGAGAGGCAAGCCCUUUUGAGGUUCAAGCAGGACCUUAUUGAUCCAUCAAACCUGCUCUCCUCUUGGGGGGGCGGUGAAGGGGAUUGCUGCAAAUGGGCUGGAGUUGUCUGCAACAAUGUAACUGGUAAUGUCAAGGAGCUCAAACUCCGAAAUCCACUCGCAGAUUGCACAAAUUAUGCUGAUUGUGAAUCAUAUGUGAGGUCCAGGCUGGGUGGUAAGGUAAACCCUUCCUUGCUCAAUUUGAAGCAACUGAGUCACUUAGACCUAAGCAACAACGAUUUCAGGGGAAUUCCAAUUCCAACCUUCAUUGGUUCCUUUGGGAGCUUAAGAUAUCUUAGCCUCUCCUAUGCAGGAUUUGGGGGAGUAAUCCCUCAUCAACUCGGGAACCUCUCGAGUUUGCAAUAUCUUGAUCUUACUGGAGAUUUCGAGGGACUAAUUCCUCAUCAACUGGGAAAUCUUUCAAGUUUGCGCUAUCUCAAACUUCGUGGUGGUUUUGUUGAGAAUCUCCAAUGGCUUUAUGGUCAUUCCUUGCUGCAGCACAUUGAUUUGAGUUAUGUCAACCUUACCAGAGCAUCUGACUGGCUUCAGGUAACAAAUAUGCUCCCUUCUUUGGUAGAGUUACGCUUGUCUGGUUGCGGUCUUGAUCACCUUCCUGCCGUACCUGUUGUUAAUUUUACUUCUCUUGCAACCCUUGAUCUUUCCUUCAACAACUUUCAAUUUUCAAUCCCCGAUUGGUUGUUUAUUAGUCUCAAAGGCCUUGAUACUCUUAAUCUUCAAUUCUGUGGUUUUCAUGGGCCAAUUCCUAGUGGUCUUCGAAACAUGACUGCUCUUCGCAAUCUUGUUCUGUCCUACAAUUUGUUCAAUUCUACCAUACCUGACUGGCUAUAUAGUUUUAGCCAUCUUGAAUUCCUUGACCUGUCAUUCAAUGAGUUGCAAGGUGUGAUCUCUAGUCCAAUUGGAAGCCUGACUUCUGUCGUUACACUCGACUUCUCAUUUAAUAAGCUUGAAGGAAAAUUGCCUACUUCUUUUGAAAAUCUUUGCAGCCUGAAAGAAAUUAAUUUGUCAGGUACAAACGUUGGUGGCAAUAUAUCCGAAUAUUUCAAUAUAUUCUCCAAAUGCAUUUUAGAUGGAUUGGAAACUCUAGAUUUAUCAGGAACUCAACUUUCUGGCCAUUUUCCUGAUGCUGCUCAUCAAAUCGCACAAUCUAAAAAUCUGGUAGCCCUCGUGCUUAUAAGUUGUUUUCUUUUCGGUCACAUUCCAGAAUCUUUGGGGGGACUAUCGACCUUGCAAUAUUUUGAAGUUUAUAAUAAUUCUCUUUCUGGUCACAUUCCAGUGUCUUUAGGAGGAUUGUCAUCUUUGAAAUAUUUAGAUAUUGCUAAUAAUAACUUGAGUGGACCUGUUCCGGAAAGUCUUGGACAACUUGCAAAGCUGGAAGUAGUAUGGAUAUCUGGAAAUUCAUUACAAGGUGUUAUAUCUGAAGUUCACUUUGCCAACCUCACAAGAUUAAGACAAUUCGGUGGAGCUGCAAAUCAUUUGGUCUUGCAAGUGGGUCCAACUUGGGUUCCUCAAUUUCAACUUGAUAUGCUAACACUAGGCUCAUGCCAAUUGGGGCCACAAUUUCCACCAUGGCUUCAGUCACAAAAGAAUUUAGCGGUUCUGGAUCUAUCCAACAAUGGGAUUUCAGAUGUCAUUCCCAAUUGGUUUUGGAACUUAUCUUCCAAGGUUUACUUUUUAAAUCUCUCUCGCAAUCAUUUCCAUGGUGAGAUUGUUGAUAUGCCUUUAGUUUUUUCUAUUUCGACAAUAGUUGAUCUAAGUUCUAAUCACUUCAGAGGUACGUUACCCCAUAUAUCUUCAGGUGCAAUUACACUGGAUCUCUCUAACAAUUCAUUUUCAGGAUCUAUUUCCCACUUCUUAUGUUACAGGAUGGAUCAACCAAAGAACUUGCAACUUCUUAAUCUCGAGGGAAAUCUUUUAUCAGGAGAAAUUCCCGAUUGUUGGAUGAGCUGGGUUGGGCUUGAAUUCCUAAAUUUAGGAAACAACAAUCUGACUGGAAAAAUUCCAAGCUCCAUGGGAUCAUUAAAUCACCUCAAAUCGUUGCAUUUGCGUAACAAUAGCCUUUUUGGAGAACUACCUAUGUCAUUACAUAACUGUACUGGGUUAGUGGCUAUGGACUUGGGUGAAAAUGAAUUUUCAGGAAGCAUACCAACAUGGAUUGGAGAGAGACUUGUUAAUCUUAAGAUCCUCAUCCUACGGUCAAAUAAGUUGCACAACGGCAUUCCAGAAGAACUUUGUGCACUCGUUUCACUUCAAAUCUUGGACCUUGCACAUAACAAUUUAUGGGGAAGCAUACCAAGAUGUUUCAGGAAUCUAAGUGCCAUGAACAUACAGCAAAACUCAACUGAGCAGAUGUUAUAUGUCUCUAAUGCUACCAUUGCAUACUUCUUUAAUGGUAUUAUGGAGAAUGCGAUACUAGUGAUGAAAGGGAAAGUGCUUGGAUAUAGCACCAUCCUUCAACUGGUAACGAGCAUGGACCUUUCAGGUAACAAUUUAUCAGGAAAGAUUCCCAAAGAAUUGACAUUUCUUCUCGGGCUUCGAUCGUUAAAUUUGUCGCAUAAUAUUUUAACGGGAAGGAUUCCUGAGAAUAUAGGUUCUAUGGAAUUAUUAGAGUCCAUUGAUUUCUCUGCAAACCAUCUUAUUGGUGCAAUCCCUCCAAGCAUGGCAAGUUUGACAUUCCUAAGUCACUUAAACUUGUCCAAUAACAACUUGACAGGUGAAAUACCACUAAGCACUCAGUUCCAAAGUUUUAAUGCAUCUUGCUUUGUUGGCAACAAUCUUUGUGGGCCUCCACUUGUUCACAAUUGCAGUGUAAAUGAUGCAACACCUACUUCUAGAAAUGGAGGAGGCAAUGAAGGCAAGGGAGGCAAGGGACCUGAGGUGGAUUGGUUUUAUGUGAGCAUGGCACUUGGUUUUAUUAUAGGCUUUUGGGGUGUAUUUGGUCCUGUACUGUUCAAAAGGUCAUGGAGAUUGGUAUGCUUUGAGUUGAUGGAUAGAAUGUGGCAUAAAUUCUGUGUUCUUAUAGGUAUGUGAAAAUAGAUGUUAUUUUAAUUGAGUGGUGAUUAUCAUUCAACUGUAGACUAAGCUGUAAUUUUAUUCUGCAAAAGUUGAUUAUAUGAAUGAUAUCUAAAUCAUAGAUAUUUGCUUGCA